GUUCAGAGUCGCGGACUGCGCACACGCAGACAUAUCGUACAGAUUUGACGCUUUCUUACGAGAAAUUUCAUGUCAAAUUUAGUGGAGCGUGAUUGUGUUUAUAGUGGAUCUUAACAUUUAAUUAUGAUCAAUGUUGACUCGCGAGUCAUCGGCUGAUGUCGGCCUCACCAUAUCGUUAAGAUGUCAGUAUUUUGUGACCAUUCCUGACUUACUGUGACCAGUGACCAUGGCCGUUAGAGUCUUGGCUCUGUUUGUGUUCGCUGCGCUAGGGGAGAUAGUUACAUGCUGCAACUUCUACCCGGUGGGUGACUACCUGAAGUUCGUUAGAAUACCAGAGAAUCUCCCGGUCGGGGGGGAAGUGUUGCGCGUGGAAGUACAUCCCAGGAAAAAUCUAAUGCUCCAAGCGGUGGACCGCGAGGAAGACGCUCAUCUGUUCACAUACAGAGACGUAAACAGAACUCAUGUCUCCAUCGUGCUAGCUCAGAGCGUGGACGAGCUGGUGGAUAGCGACACUCCGCAGAAUGUGGUCAAGUUCAGACUGGGAUGUGACUUCGAUACCGGAGAUGACUUGAUCUCAGCGUUUCUUUCUGUUACUGUAUACAUCGAAGACAUAAAUGAUAACCCACCGAGAUUUUUAGAUACGCCUUACCGCGUCACAGUGGAUGAAUUAACUCCAACUGGCCUCACAGUGUUUAAGGGCAUUCGUGCUUUUGAUCGCGAUAAGCCGAACACUCCUAACUCUGACGUUACCUACACUAUCACGGCCGGCGAUGAUGACGGAAGGUUUAUUCUCGAGAGUUCUCAUAAGCCAGCUCUUAUUCUGAACAAACCUUUAGAUUUUGAUAAUGGAGACAAGGAGUUCCUUAUAGUUGUUACAGCAUCGGAUCGUGGUUCACCGCCCAAAAGCUCUAAUACGACGAUCCAUAUUUUAGUUCAAGACAAUGACGACCUUCCUCCCAAAUUCACUCUUGAUGUUUAUAAGACAAAAAUACCAGAAUUUUAUCCAAUACUGGGCAAAAGGAUUCAUAAAGAACUUAUAUUUGAAAAACCAAUUCGAGCAUUUGAUCAAGAUGCAGGAGUUGCUGCCCCAAUCCGAUAUGAACUAGUGUCGGGAAACGAACGAAGACUGUUCCUGUUGAGCCCUUUGAAUGGCAGUUUGUUUCUUGAGAAAGAAGUGGAUUUAGAUGCUGAAGUAGCUUUACCAGGAAAUACAUUUGUUCUACAAAUUCAAGCAUCACAAGUCGAUAAUCCGUUAAAAACGGCUCAAGCACGAGUCGAAAUAGAAAUCCAGGAUUUAAACGACAAUCUUCCAGAUUUUGAAGUUGACUUUUAUAAUAUAAGCAUCGUUGAAAAUUUACCGAACGGUUUCAGUGUCUUACAAGUAAUGGCGAGUGAUAAAGACCAGGGGGAUAACGGAGAGUUUACCUAUCAACUAAAUGAUCCAAUAGCAGCAUUUUCUAUAGACCCUCGGACAGGUUGGCUAACUGUUAGAAAUCAAACUGAACUGGAUAGAGAACAACACUCUUCAUUAAGAAUGAAAGUUUACGCAAGGGAAAAAAAUCCAAGUAUCGUAGGAAAAUUUUUGGACAGUCAAAGACUAUCAAAAUGGCGGCGAAAUCCUACAACUCAAAGACCACUCAUCAAAGACAAAACAACUUACGUGUUUCCUGAUAAAAUAGGCACCAGCAGCGAAAACAUUGAAUAUAUCGACGAAUCACAUCAAUUAAUGUCGUAUGUCACUGUUGAAGUGACGUUGCUGGAUGCCAAUGAUAACAAUCCUGUAUUUAUACCGAGUAAUCUUUACGAAUUUUCCAUUAAAGCUGAUGCAAAGAUUGGGACUGAGAUAGGGACUGUGAAAGCCGUUGAUCCGGACUUGGGACGAAACGGUGUCGUGUUAUAUGAUUUGCAACGAACUAGUAAUUUGACCAUAACAUCACCGUUUCAAAUUGAUGCCCAAACUGGGGUCAUCACCUUAGUUGAGUCUAAUUUGUUAGAGGGAAGACAUGCUCUAUUUAUUGAGGCAUCCGAUCAACCUGCUAAUCCUAGUGAACGACGAUAUUCUUUGGCUGUUGUGACCAUUGAUGUUGUUGGUUCAGCAAAAGGAUCGAAACAAGAUAGACCUGACUUUUUAGGAGCCCCUUAUGAAUUUUGGGUUGGGUCUAACGUCGGCAUCGGUACAAGUGUCGGCCAAAUAAAAGUUAAUGAUGCCAUUGAUAAAAAUGAUCUCACUUAUGAUUUACUACAUGCAUAUGAAGAAGGAGUUCCUUUUGCAGUGGAAGAACGUUCAGGAGUAAUCACAGUUAUUGAUGAACUUUCAAAAUUCGUUAGACCCCUUUAUGAUUUUGAAGCUGUUGCAAUACAAGAAAAACAAAACUUCACGCUAACGACAAAUGCUACUGUACAUGUUGUUGAUGUAAAUGACGAGAGAGGUGUCUUUUUGAAGGGAACACAUUCUCCCUUCGUGUUUCACGUUAAGGAAAAUGUAGCUGGCGCAACAAUCGGUCAAAUUUUUCCCGUUAAUUCAAAUUCUAACUCAAAUAAUAGCUUAAACAUAAAAUUUAUAAUCGCCAAUCAGCAAGAUGUUUCUGAUGACAUAGCUAUAGGUCCAGAUGGAACAAUAUAUGCUCAAAAGCCAUUGGACAGAGAAAAAAGGGACGUGUAUAGAAUGACAGUCAUUGCUGAAUUUAAUAAAGGAAUUAUUUCUGGAGCAGGACUUUAUCAGAUCACGGUGCAUGUGGAUGAUGAAAAUGACAGUCCACCUGUAUUUGAUUUACCAGCGUUUGAAGGAUCUAUUGUUGAAAACUCUAAAAAAGGAACUGAAGUUAAAAUGACAAACAAAAUACAUGCGAGUGAUAAUGAUAUGGGGCAGAACGCUGUAUUUAUGUAUACUCUAUUUGGCGAUGGACACGAUCAAUUCAGUGUCAAUGAAGAUACUGGAGUAGUAUUCUUUAUUGGUAACAAACUAGAUCGAGAAGAAAAAAAUCAAUAUUUACUAAAAAUUGUUGCAAGAGAUAAAGGAAGUCUAAAGUCUGAAGCUAAGUUAACUAUAACAGUACUCGACGAAAAUGAUAAUUCACCGAAAUAUAACCAAAUAAUUAUUCCGCUAGCAGAGUCAGUAGAAUUUUUAGAAAAUAAAGUAAAUACCUCGGUGAAAGUUUUUCAUGAACAAAUAAAUAAUGUGACUGGUGUAGUUUUGAAUAUUGAAGCAAAGCCAAAAAAUUCGUUUUCAAUAUCUACACAAUCACCUUUAUUUUUGAUUCCUGAAAAUAUAGCUGUCGGUACAACUAUUUUAAAGUUAAACGCUAUAGAUAUGGAUAGUGGUAUAAACGGACAAUUGCGCCAUGAAUUUUUGUCAGAAUUAUUCAUGCCUCCCUACGCGUUCUCUGGAAAUGCAUUUCAAGCAAAAAGAUUUUUCGUUAUUAAUGAAAGACAUGGUCAUGUUGUUGUUGCGAGAGCACUGCCGCCUGAAUCAGAGUUUCGAUUGAACAUCACUGUAAUAGAUGGCGGAGGAUUAAGCGACUUAAUCACUAUAAGACUAUUCGUUAAAGAUGUAAAUGAUCAUUACCCAAUGUUUAAAAAGUCUUGGUAUAACUUUAAUGUAGAAGAGGCGCAAUACAGUAGGAGGGUAUUGGGAAAAGUUGAUGCGACGGACGCAGACUUUGGUCAAAACUCUAAUUUAACAUACUUUAUUCAUCCAUCCAGCAAGGAUUUACCUUUUGAAAUCUCUCCUUUGGGUGGUGUCUUUAGUGUUAAUGGUAUUCUAGACAGAGAAAAAGAAGAUAAGUACACUAUAACAGUAGUUGCUCGUGACAAUGGACCAAACGAAAAGUUGUCUUCGUCUGUGACUGUUGAAAUACAAGUUCUGGACGUAAAUGAUAAUGCUCCAAAAUUUUUUGCAUAUGAUGAAUUAUUAGAAUGGAAACAUCCGGAAGCCGAUGAAAUUUCGAAUCAUAAUUUUGAAUCGGUGAUGAUGAUUCCCGUAUAUAAAGCAACAUUGGACGAAAAUGCACCCAUUGGAACAACUGUCACAAGGGUCUAUGCUAAUGAUUCAGAUUUUAUUGGUAACGGAAAUGGCCUAAUUUUAUAUAGUUUACCUCAGCGAAAAAAUCAAGUAAAUAUGUUUACUAUUGAUUCUAAGGAAGGAAUUCUUACUACUACUACAAGAUUGGAUUAUGAAAGUCAGAAAGAACAUAAUAUUACUGUAGUGGCUUCGGAUUUAGGAUCACCAAGUUUAAGCUCCACUGCUAUAGUAAUUUUAACUGUGAACGAUGUUCCAGACGAAGUUGAAGUUUUUGAUAAACCUGUUUUUAUUUCGCGGUACUAUGAAUUGGAAAUUGAAGAAAACGUUCAUACUCCGAUCGAGCUUGUAACCUUAAAUCUUACAGAGUACUAUGAAACAUUCAAAAUGAGGUAUUUUAUUCUCAACGAAAACGACACUGAUAUUAAAAAGACUUUUGUAAUAGAUCCUCGUAACGGCACACUAUAUUUAAUCAGAAGUCCCGAUCGGGAAGUGAAAGAUCUUUAUGAAAUUAUAGUUAGGGUCGAAAGACAGAAAAUUAGUCGUGAGUUACCUCAUAUGAUAUAUCCAGUUUCCGACGACGUCCUUGAAGGAAUGACAAAAUAUGAUGUUAAAGUUGUUGUCAGAAUAAAGGACGUGAAUGACAACGCACCAAAAUUCGUAAAUGGUGGAAGGCCUAUGGUCACUGCAAUACCAACCACAGCGCCAUUUGGAUACGAAGUUAUCCAGCUACAGGCAGUCGACGCAGACAUCGGCCACAACGCUGAUAUCAGGUACCAGGUUAUCAACUCUGAGAGCGCGCGAUUCACUGUGGACCAGGUGUCUGGCCGUGUGAGGGUCGCUGGCAGCGUGCUCAGGGACGCCGGUCGAGUUCUUGGCUUCGACGUCAAAGCUACCGACAGGGGAGGCGCAGAUGAUGGCCGAUCAGCUAUCGUUAACGUUUUUGUAUAUGUGUUAGAUCAAAACAAACAGUUGGUAAUGGUGAUUGGAGCGAAACCCAUGGAGGUGGAAAAAGGAAUGGAUAAUAUAACAAAACAUCUGUCGAAUAUGACUGGUUUUGACGUUCGAGUGAGAAAACUUGAAGCAAACCCGAGGGCCUCCAUGGAUGGAUACGCUACAAAUUUGUACAUUUAUGCCGUUGAUCCAAUAUCUAACGCCAUAAUUGACAUGGAAUCAUUACAAAAGUCGUUGAUAAGAAGGGAGGCAUCCCUUCGUCGUGAUCUCGCCGGUUUUAAGGUUUUAGAGGUGGGAGACACUACAAUGGUGCAAGCCAGAAGCAGCCAAGUAUUAAGUACUAUGGAAAUAAGUGUCGUGGCGUUGGGAUGUCUGGUGUUUGUUGGAGCUUUCACAACUGCGAUUUGCAUUCUUUGUGUAAGAAAAACUCGAAGAAGUCGCCACAAACCAUUUUCCCAACAACGUCUUAACGCUUUCUCCACUGAGCACCUUACUAAAUACGGCGGUCUCUUUCCAUCCGGGAACAACCAGUGCCAGGAACUCAAUCAGUCCUUUAGCGAAGGCGAUUCAUACGUUGAUGUCAUUAAUCAGAGCACUUUAAAGAAAACCUGCCCUCGGGGCAACUCGGUUGAGCAAUUUGGAAAAGCACAUCAAAAAUGUGUCAAAAGUCAAUUUGUAGACAUUAACGGAAAGGAGAAGCAUGAGAGAAUGUGUAUUAAGUUUAACCAACGGCCUUCACAAAAGAGGAAAGGUCAAGACACUUCGAUAACGUCAGUGAAUUCCAGCGGCCAGGACUCGGGCAUCGCGGAGGUGAGAUGCUCGUGCGGCCGAUCAGCUCAUACCUCGGAGGAGAGCAGCGGUUGCAGUUAUGAAGACUCAUUAAAGUCAACUCACAAUCAAGAUGUUAAGAAGUUCCGACACGGAGGAGAGAACAAAUUCCUCCGAAGAGCAUCCUUCAAUAAUCACGCCUUCGAUUCGCGGAAGUACAAUCCACGAAGACAAUCGUUUUCAGAAAAUCUUCAACGACACUUCCCCUCUGUUGAGAGAAUUGGAUCUACAGGGCUAUCCAGACAAAUCUCAUCGCCGAACGUGAGCUCUCCGAGUUACUUUUAUAACGCCAAAAAGAAUUAUAGAAAGAAAGAAAUGAUAAGUGAGCCGGUAGUCGACUAUGAUCAUAGUGAAGUAGACGAUGUGUUCGACACGAGGUUAGACAGAAGACUGAGCGGGAGAAACAAAAAAGACAACUUCAUGGAACUCGGUCAAGCUGUGUUCGUAGCGACACCUGCCACCGCCGAGAUGAUUAGGAGACAGGGAAGUGAGAGGCUCGUGUUGGCCAGGCCUUUAUAGCAGUAAACAUAGUACUAUAACCCUCAGCGCCUUCCUUAAGAUAUUAAAAAUUAUUUUUAGAAGCUUUACAGUGUUAAUGUGUGUUGUAAAUAAAACGUGAUAAUCUAAAAGACAUUUUACCUGUAUUUAUGUAAAUAUCAUAGGAUAGAAUAGUAUUAUAAUUGUAGUCUAUCCUAACAAGUGGGAACGUAUGCAACUUGUUGUCUUUGUUGCUUAAAAAAUUCUACUUCUGAGUAUUUGUGUUAUCCAAAGGAGUAUAAUUCGCAGAGUGCCAUUUGGAAAACUUGGUCUUCGAGAACCGUUUGAUAUUUACCACCUCUAAGUUAACUAAGUGAAAACUUAUGUUUUUAGAUAAUUUAUGUAUUAAUGUAAAUUGUAAAAAAAUAAAUUAACGAUUGAAGUAGA